CGGCCAACCACGACCCAAAAAGGACAUCUCGUCUUCUCCAGCUUCAACAUCGCCGCCGCCGCUGCUGCCUCGGGUCUCUACUCUCUCCAUCGCCCUGCGUCUGCGGCCCGAUCGUCAUUGUUAUUCAGUCCUGGUUGACGCUUCUUCUUCUCCUUCUUCUCCUUCUUCCUGCUGUUUGUCCCUGUCACAAUCUAACGCAUCGCUGCAUUCGUCCUUGUCAUCAUUCCGACCCUGAUUCGCUGUAUUACUACCCUACCUCCUCCUGCUUUGACUUUCGUGCUUCGUAGGUGACUUCCAGUCAACCAACAACCUCAUCAAUCCUCAUUCCCUCUAUGCAGUUCCUAUAGCUUGCUAUCGUCGCUUUGCCAGUUCACAGGCCUCUCGAGGCCUCGCAUACCCCCGCCAUGUCCUCGCAUACCCCCGCCAUGUCCUCCUACCAUUCGCAAUCCCAUUCCUACCACGGCCAUGUUGCCCAGACUUCGGCGUAUAAUCCGAUAGCUGCAUUGCAAGCUCCUGCCGGUACCUUUCUGCCCGGUACCAAGGUUCAGGUCGGCAAUCAUCGCGUGGUAGUCGAGAAGUAUCUCUCGGAGGGUGGAUUUGCACACGUCUAUCUCGUGCGGCUUCCUCAGCCCGUGGAUCACUCGGAGGUUGCCGUGUUGAAGCGGGUUGCGGUUCCGGACAAGAUUGAACUCGCCAAUAUGCGCACCGAAGUAGAAACUAUGAAAAAGCUCCGGGGACACCGGCAUAUCGUCAAGUAUAUCGACUCCCAUGCCUCGCAACUUCAGGGUGGUGGGUACGAGGUGUUUCUGCUCAUGGAAUACUGCUCCGGUGGAGGCUUGAUUGACUUCAUGAACACGCGCUUGCAGAAUCGUCUCACCGAACCCGAGAUCAUCAAGAUCUUCUCCGACGUCACCGAGGGCGUCGCCUGCAUGCACUAUCUAAAACCUCCGCUGUUGCAUAGGGAUCUCAAGGUUGAGAAUGUUUUGAUCUCCCGCUCCGGCAGCGGGGUCUGCUACAAGCUAUGCGACUUUGGUUCCGCCGCACCUCCACGGCCAGCCGCCAAAACGGCUGCCGAAGGCAGACUGAUCGAGGAAGACAUUCAGAGACACACGACACUGCAGUACAGAAGCCCCGAGAUGAUCGAUGUAUAUAGGAAACACCCGAUUGAUGAGAAGAGCGAUAUAUGGGCCCUAGGCGUGCUUUUGUACAAGCUAUGCUACUAUACAACUCCUUUUGAAGACGCCGGCCAAAUGGCCAUCCUCAAUGCGAGCUUCAAAUUUCCUGCGUAUCCGCCAUUUAGCGAUCGGCUGAAGUUGCUUAUUGCGUCAAUGCUGCGGGAAGAUCCGCAGAAGCGUCCUAGUAUCUACGAGAUCCUGAACGCCGUGUGUAAAAUGCAAGGCAAGGAGACUCCGAUCAGAGACAUAUACUCCAGUCGCUCCACUUCUGAAGCCCACCGAUAUCAGGAACUGCCGAAGCCUCCGGCAGAAACAGCUCGAGUUGGUGCGGUGUUUUCCCCGCCUGUUCAGGAGACGCAAAUUAUUCCAGAUAUCGCUCCCAUGCGGAGAGGACGUCCAGCAAAGCCUACUUCGCAGCAUAACUCGACUAGGCCAAGCCCUUCGCCCUUCCGCGGUCCAUCUGCAGAUCCAUUUGCGGCUCUCGAUGGAGGACGAGCGAGAUCUAGGAAUACUGACGAGCUCUCUCACCGGUUUCCAACCUUAGACCAAUUCCAAAUCCUGCAUGAAACGGGAGGUAAAUUCGAUUUCGAGCCAGCCGUUGCUGCCGAAAGCAAGCCAGAGGAUGAGGAUCUUGCGCGAAGGCUGACUAAUGCGUUGGCUGAUGAUGCCUUUGUGAAACGGCGGGAGCCGGUGCGUGAGCCGGUUAUGCAGUCGAAAGGCCCUCCAGGCUCGUCGGUGGAUACGAAACCUAGGGAAUCUCCAAGACCUCCAGAGGAACGCUCUCAACAGCAGACUCCACUGUACCAACCGAUUCCAACGAAGCCGACCAUGGUGUCAACUGGCACAAUGACGUCGCCCCCUGCCACCCCUGGAGUACCAGAAAUAAAGACAUCCAACCGUUCAGUAUAUAAGUAUGCACCCCAGGAAUCUGACCAUCAGCCCUCCAGUCAGCCACGGACGGCCGAAAAUGAAAGAAAACAAUUUGGCCAAAUAAAUAACAGCAGUACCAACAGCAAUAAUAGUAAUAUUAAUAACCACCACGACGUGCUAUCUUCUCAUACCACAGCCUCCUUCAAGACCCAACCAGCACCAAGACCUUCGUCUGAAGGAAUAUCUCAUGUCCCUGCUUCGUCAAGACCUUCACUGGAAGGCCUACGACCCUCGCACGCAGAGCUCGAUCCCUCAGUCGUCCGGUCCAAGUCAGUGAUCUCCCGGACCCGCCCUCUAUCCGUCUACGCUACGUCGAAACAUGAUUUCCCCGAUCGCGUUGAGAGCGCACGCGCUUCUCUUGACUUGCCUCGCCCUAAGUACGACGGAGGAGCGAUGCUGAAGCCGGUGCGUAGUGACAUUGGUCGAGAGUACGACCCAUCGAACAUCUCUUCGGAUGUGGACUACCUGCGUGCAAAGGAAGAAGAGAUGCACCGGAAGCGCGAGAAGCGCCCUGGCACUAGUGCGAAGCAUACCAAACGGCCUAGUCUGUCGAAGUCAAUCCCAGGCACGAAGUUGCUAACCGGUCGGUUCGGCGACGCAUUCCGCCGAUUUGAAAGUCAUGGUAGUGACCAUAAACAUCGGCAUGCUCUACCUCCGUCCGAGAAGCCUGCGCAGAUGACCCUGAUUACCAAUUCCGAAGUCAUGCAGUCUUCUGAGGAUGCGCUCGAUGAUGCUGAAGAAGAUGAUGCUGACAUCUCCCCGGAGAUGCGUCGUGAGCUUGAGCGCCGGCGAUUGUUGCAGGAGGAAAAGCGAGUGGCUAGCGCGGCAGCGGAAUACCGCCGUCUGGUUGCCGAACGAGGGCAGGGGCGCUGGAAAGCUGGGACAGAUAAUCCCAGAUCAGCUGCCAUCCAAAGCAAGAUGCAGUCCUUACUGCAGGAGAAUAAUAGGGUUCCUUCCACGAGGACAGCCUCGGGUUAUGGACGGUAUACAGACUCUAACACGACCGCUUUGCAGGCAAAGCCGUCAGAGUCACGCCCGGAGCAAAAUCCUAGCACUUCGCGAACUGCUGGCCCCGCGUAUGGUACCCACAGUGGGCGGGCGUCACCCUCUAGAGAGAAUAGAGAUGAACGGGGCAUUUCUUCCGGUGUUCCUAUUCAACACCCAACACAGACGGGUUGUGUUACCGCUGCUGUUUCUCAACCGCAGCGCACAGGACCGCGUCCGGUCCCUCCUCCUCGGCCGGUGGCGCCUCCGAAGCCCAAGAAUCUUAGAGUCGGUACUACGCAAGACAUCUCACCACCCUCUAGCCGUGAAAGCAAUGGGGCUCUCAAGUCGCCGGCUAAUGUUGACGAUUGGGAGUCUAGCUUCAGCAGACGGUUCCCAAGUCUGUCGAGGCUUGAGAUGGUUGAGACUGAGAUCGAAGUCCCUAGGAUGUCCAGCCUGAGAACCAAGGAGGUUUGAAGAGAAAGUGAUAUUUGUUGGUUACUAUAGCACUGGUUUGCAUUAGCGAGCGGCCCGUUCUGUUGUAGCCUUUGUUUAGUGUUUAGUGUUGGUCGUUCCCUCAUGAUGUGUGAUAGAGAUUCUGGCAUCUACAUAGCUUCUUUCCUUUGCAUAUAAUACACCAGCGUGCUGUGUUAUUGACUUGGUUCCAUGCAGAGUACUCCUAUCUAUAGACUCUAAAGUAACAGAUAGUACAGCAUAGAUUCUUAAAGAGCACCAUUUUAUAUGGAAAUACAGAGCUGGACCACUCGCUUGUGGACUUCGUUAUUCUGCC